AUCUUUUUCUGGAGGUUGCUUCUUGUGGAGUUUGUGAGCCUAGAAAACUGUGUGACAAUGCAAAAGGACUCAAAGCCUUUUAUGAUGCAAUAAAAUAUGGACCUAAUCAUCUGAUGGUUUUUGGUGGUGUAUGUGCAACUGUUACCUCUAUCAUUGCUGAAUCUCUAAAAGGAUGGAAUUUGGUUCAGCUUUCAUUUGCAGCAACAACUCCAGAGUUGGCUGACAAGAAAAAAUAUCCUUAUUUCUUCCGGACAGUGCCAUCUGAUAAUGCAGUGAAUCCAGCAAUUUUGAAGUUACUCAAGUAUUACCAAUGGAAGAGAGUAGGAACUUUAACCCAGGAUGUACAAAGGUUCUCUGAGCAACAGAUGCGCGCCGGCCGCUCUGUCUCCAUCCGGAUUCCUUCCCUUCCUCGUGCCGGACGCGGGCUCCGGGGGUCGGCCCGCAGCGAGCCGGUGGAGAUCGGCGGAAAGAGUUAA